GUCCAGCCAGAUGACGAGGGGGAAAAAAAGGGGAAUUGCUCAGGGCUUUGGGUAUCCUAUCUAUGAAUCCACCAUUUGACCACGCCCACCUCUCCGUCCCUGUGUCUCACCAACCCCCAACCCUGCAGAAGGAAGGGCUAUUUAAGGGCAGAUGAAGUUCAGGAAAAACAAGACAGGCCCUUGAAGAAGAAGCUGCGGCAUCGUCCGAGAGGCUGACACCAUGAAGGUCCUCCUGCUGCUAACAGCUGUCAUCAUGGCCUUUGGCCCAAUACAGAUCCAAGGGAGCCUUGCAGAGUUUAGACAAAUGAUCUUACUUAAGACGGGAAAGAGAGCUGAGACCAGCUAUGCCUUCUACGGUUGCCACUGUGGCGUGGGUGGCAGGGGAUCCCCCAAGGAUGCGACAGAUCGGUGCUGUGUUGCUCACGACUGUUGCUACGACCGGCUGCAGAAACAUAAUUGCGGCACAAAAUUUCUGACCUACAAGUUCUCCUACCGAGGGGGCAAAAUCACCUGCUCCGACACACUAGAGCUCCGAGAAUGCCCUUGGCCACCAAUGACAGGUGGCUUUCCCUCUCCAAGACUCUUUGAAGAGGGGGAAUGAACACUUCCCAGAAGC